CGGGGGUUGUGGGUUCGAGUCCCACCGAGGACGCACGUUUCUUUUGGCAUCCUCUCGUUCUUUAGGUCUCCUUUUAUUUUUCCGCGCACGUCACGUUAAGCACUCCUCGACGUCUCUUGUAAUGUACGUACACGUAUAACCGGUCAAAUUAUGACGUCACUUGUCAAACGUCAUGACGUGGUAACGUGAAGAUUUCGUUUUGGAGAGGAAAUAUGUUCCGUCUAACUUACCUCUUUGCCUCCCUUGUCCAAUAUCUGGUCAGUUGGUUCACGACCGUGUCUGCCGGAAAGACGACCAGUGGAGAUCAAAAUCGACCGAAACAAAAUUCAAAUUUUACGAGAAAUUCUGGGGAUUCUGUUCCACAAGACUUCGGCCAGUCAGAUUCGAUUGCCAACAGCGAUAUGAGUUUACAAAAUCGGAGUUCAGAGAGACAUGGGCAUGCUGUACCUACUAGUGAAAUUGAUUCACCAGCUCUGAAAAGGCAACCGGCAGUCACUCACAUAUCGAGCCAUCUUGCUCUCGGACAUCCACAAGCGGCCUGUUAUGGCACAAUAUCGGUCGAGAUGGCCACACAAAAUAUACUGAAGAUUAUCGUCGUGCCACUGGACAGUGAGGACACAUACAGCAGACAGGUUACAGUACGAAUCAGUUGGGACAACUGGAUAUCAUUCAGUGACGUCACUGCUACGUGGCAUCACCAUUCCGAGAUCAACUCGGACUCGAAUUGUUUCAUAGCAGUCAUACCGAUACCGUAUGGCCAACCCCAGGAGGACUCGGUUAUCCAGUUUGCUGUUCGGUAUGUCAACGAUGAUGUAGAAGACUGGGACAACAACGACUAUCACAAUUACGAACUAAAAUGGAUCAAUGAGCCGAUCGAGAUCAAAACGGUCAAGUUGACAAUGAAGAACAAACCAGUCAGGGCAGAUGAGAAUAUAAGUUGCAAACCGAUCAUAUAA